AUGUUGGAGAAAAAUGGUGAAGCCUUUGUAGAGGAGAACACCUUGCUAACUGUGAAGCAUGGAGCUAACUUAUGUCAGGACCAUUCAGCACUGAGGAGCUUUCUCUACCUCUGCCUCUCCUUUCUGAAGCAUCUUCGCUCACCGCUAGUUAGCCGCAGAGAGAAAGUCUUCCGUCUCAGGCCAAUGUCCGACGAGCAUGUGGCCAUCAUCAAGGAGUUGGCUGGCAACAUUGAGGUGGACUUCUGGAGUCCAGAAGGGGUUGAGCAGGUGGUGGUGAGCACUGAGGUGGACAUCCAUGUUGACGCGGCCCACACUGAAAUCGUCAGCACUCUGCUUCAGCAGAGCGAGAUGGAGCACGAGGUGCUGGUUGAGGAUCUGCAGGAUUAUGUGGAGUAUCAGCUGGACAACCCGGAACUCUCCACCAAGUCCUACAACUACAUGAAGUACAACAGCUGGGACAAAAUCCAGGCCUGGAUGUCCUCCAUGGCUUCGUCUAAUCCCGAUCUCAUUAGCACCCAAGUGAUUGGCACAACCUUUGAGGGGCGUGCUAUGACUGUAUUGAAGAUUGGCAAGCAGUCUACCUCCACCAAGCCUUCUAUCUUUCUGGACUGUGGCAUCCAUGCCAGAGAGUGGAUCUCCCCGGCCUUCUGCCAGUGGUUCGUCAAAGAGGCUGUGGAGACCUAUGGCAGCGAUGCCCAGAUGACCGAGCUUCUGGACCAAAUGGACGUUGUCGUUCUGCCUGUCUUUAACAUCGAUGGCUAUGUCUAUACCUGGGCUAAAAACAGAAUGUGGAGGAAGACCCGCUCCAGGAAGGCCGGUUCCUCUUGCAUUGGUACCGAUCCCAACAGGAACUUCGAUGCUGGCUGGUGCACCACUGGGGCCUCCAGCAACCCCUGCAGCGACACCUACUGUGGCUCAAAGGCCGAAUCUGAGGUAGAGGUCAAGGCUGUGGCUGACUACAUCCGCCAGAACAAGUCCAACAUCAAGGCCUAUCUGACAGUCCACUCUUACUCCCAGCUGGUGCUGUUCCCAUACUCCUACACCUACAAGCUGGCUGCCCACCACAAUGAACUGAUGCAGUUAGCUGAGGAAGCUGCUGAGGCUCUGCGCAGUCUGUACGGCACACGAUACACCAGCGGCCCUGGUGCUACGACAAUCUACCCCGCUGCUGGAGGCUCUGAUGAUUGGGCCUAUGACCUGGGGGUGAAGUACUCCUACACCUUUGAGCUGCGUGACACCGGACGCUAUGGCUUCCUCCUCCCUGAAAGCCAGAUCAAGCCCACCUGCGAGGAGACCAUGCUGGCCAUCAAACACAUCGCCACCCAUGUGCUGAAGAACCUCUACUAGGAGGGGAUUCGCACCUGUGUCGAAGUAACACGUACAAUAAAGUAUCCAAAUAUUCA